CCUGUCGGCUUGUCAAAAACACAUACCAUAAAACUGCAACCCCCCUGGUUUGAAUUUGCUGAGAGACCAUCAUCAAUCUCUGCUGUCUCCUAUCCAAAAAAGGCAAUUUUAUGUGAGCAGAUACUCUAAUUUUACCUUAAUUAUACUUUCAAACUAUUAUUUUAGUCUAAUUUGUAAUUUGUGAGAGAAACACAUAAGUCUUCUCUAUUAGCUGUGAAGCAGCACUUGCUCUAGCUGUGGGUGGAUCUGCUGAUGUGUAAGAAGUGAAUUGUUUUGCAUGUUGAGUCCUGAUUACACAGAGCAGAGUGUGAAACCUACGUUAGCUGUUUUAACCGAGCUCCAUGUGGACGUGCAGACACAUUUCAAGCAAUUGUACAAGCUCACAGAAAGACACACUUGACUUUAAAUUUUACAGCUGUAACUUCUCACCAGAGCAACAUCAAACCCUCUUGACCAUGGCAUUGUGGGUGCAGACGGCUCUCCUGCUUGUCAACAUGAUAACAUUGGCGGUAAGAGGGAGAGUAGAAAAAGAGCUGUCUCCAGAGUGCAGAGAAUUCCUCUACAUGGCAACAACACCGACUGGGCUGGAGCACCAGUCCCUCCAGUUUAUUUGUCAACUUUACAACAAGAAGCCACGCUACGUGACGCUGUACAGUACUGUGGACCAUAUCCCUGUGUACUCUGCCUACACUUUCAAACGCUCAGACGGGGAGAAAUGUGUCGAUGUUCCGUGGAUGUACGAACCUCAGUUAUCCACAUCCUCUGAUACAGAUGAGAUGCAGCCUUUCCCAAGUGGUUACGUCCACAUGAAUUUUGAAGAUGCCCAAGCUGUUCUGGAUGAUUACACAAAUGCCGUCCUUUAUGAGCGUGGUACCCUCAACCCAGAUGAGCAUCAGGACGAUCCAAAUGACAAGGCCUCCACCUACACCCUCACCAACGUUGUGCCUAUGGUGCCUGACUUCAACAACAGAGUCUGGAAUAAACAGGAGCACAUCAUCCGUAAACGGCUUAACAACUACUGUCGUGGAACAGCUUACAUUGUCACGGGCAUCACCACCUCCGGGAAGAUGAUCCGUAGGGAAAACAUCAAGCGCAUUGCAGUGCCCACAUAUUUGUGGUCGGCUUAUUGUUGUGCUGACUAUGACCACAACGCACCUUAUAAUGAGCGCUACAAGUUCCCCUCUUUUGCUCACUAUGGCCUCAAUGAGGAGGAGAACAACGAGGUGGUGGAACUCUCUGUCCAGAAGCUGAAGGAGUUCCUCAAGAAGACAACCUUUGUAGACCAAAACUUUCAGAUCUUUGUGAAUGACUGUGUCCCACCUGCAUCCAGUAAAACUGAGUAGGCAAAUAUUUUAGUGUAAGGCAGAUCUACUAGUUUGGUGAUGUUAUGUUUCUUCUUCAGUAGGGAUACUUUUUGACUUAAAAGAAACCCUCAGGUGUCACUGAUAACAUCGAUAAUGGUUCUCUUCUAUUCCAGUGCCCCAGUAAGUCAUGACAGUGAGUCUGAAGCAGCUAAAUGCGAUUAAGCCAUGAUUAAUGUUGUUAUUUACGGCUUUUCAUUUCCUGCUGUUACGAGUCAAAAUGUCUUCAGUGACAGAGAUCUGUUGGAGCAGCUAAAUUACAUCACAAAAACAUGGACUUUGAAUCACUAAACAGUUUCACAGUACUCUCACUGUAUUUUGAACACUUGAUUUAAAAAUAAUAUUAGUCGUAGUGGACAUUAGACUAAUUGAAAAUGCAACAAAAAUGUACCUGCUUUGUCUAAUCUGCAACAAUAAACGUUUGCAAACUGUCAUUAAAUUGUCCUCGAUGUGUCAUUUUGACUGAUUCAA